UUGUUUAGUAUGAUACAAAUAAUAAUAAUCGAUUUAUUCGAUAUAUAUUUUAAUUCAACUUUUAAUCCAUGGAGCUUAUAUAUACAAGGAGGAAAUGUGGGUACAAUAUUUACAAUGAAAAAAUGAAUUCUAUUGCCACUAGUGAGCGCGUCUAGUCGCUUAAUCUGGUUUUUAAAAACUAAUUAAAACAAAAACAUCAAAGUGACCUAUUAAUUUUAUUUGUUUAUUUAUAAAAUCACACGUACUUAAAUCUAAAUUAAGAACAUCAUCGUCGCCCUCGUGGAUAAUUAUCGUACUCGAUAUUCAGUCAUUUUUAACAACACAAAUUCGACGCAAACGCCUAUCUCGAUCGUCCUCCUUGUAUAUAACUCCGUUUUUUAAUCGAUACAUAGCAAUGAUCAGAGUAGUAUACAUAACCUAAUUUCAAAAAGUGAAACAGGUAGUUCCUCAAGACUAAACAUUUUGUGUUAAAAGUUGUGAUAUUACUUCUAAUUAUGGAAUCAAUAAAUAAAAAGCAGAAAUUAAAUUAUGAUGUUAAUAACAAAUUCAAAUCUUUGAUUGACAUCAUUAAUUGGAAUUAUUUGAAUAAUACAGCAGUAGAGUAUCAUGAUUUUAAUAAAAUUUAUGCAAUUAAAUAUAAAGAACUUAAUGAAGGAAGGCAUAAAAUUGCUUCAGAAGUGUUAGAAUAUAUAGAACAUUUUGAAUUUAUUGGUAUCAGUGAUGAUGUUCCUGAAUAUUGUGUACCAACACUUAUACUAGGAAUAUUAACAAAAGGUUUCGGUUUUGUUAAUUUACCUUUAAAGAAUGUUGCUACGUACAACAAGUUUUUAUCUACUUUAUACAUAAAAUAUAUUUUUCUACUACAUCCUGUAGACGAUGAAGAUAUUAUUUGUAAAUUUGAAUUAUACGGUGAAUAUUUGUAUUUAUCCAAAGUAAAUGAAGCACAGGAACGAUAUAUAGAAAAUGUAGAAAGUGGUUAUGCUUAUGCGAUUUCUACAUCAGGAUCAACUGGAGAAGAAAAAAUUUGUAAAGUACUUAAUUCUUGUAUAAUACCUAACAUCGUUGAUUUAAAAUUGAUUCUAUGUAUUUCAAGAUUUGAAAAAAUUGCACAGCUGACAAGUUUAACUUUUGAUCCUAGUAUAAUAGAAAUAUUUUUAAGUCUUCAUUCCGGCAGUACUAUGUUUAUGGUAUCGAAAAGAAUAAAAAAUGAUGCUGAUAGACUUUUGAAUGUAAUAUUUUGGAGCCGAGUAACCUUAUUACAAAGUACUCCAUCGCUACUUUUUCAUAGAUGGUGUCCUAAGCAUCUUUCCAGUACAAUUCUUGGAGAAUUUAGUCCAUUGAAGACAAUUAUCUUGGGUGGCGAACCUUGUCCUAAGAUAGACAAACUUAAUGAGAUUAGACAUAUUGAAAAUAACACUAUAUUUUAUAAUAUAUAUGGUAUUACCGAGGUAUCAUGUUGGGCUAGUAUUCAUAAGAUUGUAAGGAUAAAUGAAAAAAAUAAAACAUCCAAUCUCGGUAGAAUCUUAUCUGAAACAAUAUUUCAAGUUAGAAAUAAAGAUGGUAAUAUAGUGUUGGAAGGAACUGGUCAUCUUUACAUUGGAAGCAGUAGUAGAAUAUCUGUUAUCGACGAUGAAGUUUUUCAAAAUAUGAAUAAACCUGUAUUUCGUAAUACCGGUGAUAUUGUACAUAUCGAUUACAGCGGACAAAUAUUUUAUGAAGGAAGACAAGACGAUAUGAUAAAACGAUAUGGAAAUAAAUUAAAUCUAUUAAGACUUAAUAAAAUAGUUAACAAAUUAGAUUUUGUAUAUAAUUGUUAUUCUUGGUGGGAUGCAGAUAGACAGAAAUUGCAUUUGUGUAUACACGCUAUAAUGAAUGGAACUAAUAAGUACGAAUUAAAAAAAGAAGUGAUGUCGCAUUUAGAAAAAUUACCUGAUACUUACAAACCGGAUAAAAUUCAUUUUAUCAAAGAUAUUCAACUUACAACAAAUGGAAAGAUUUGUACAAAAUUUUUACAAAAAAUAUGUACACAAGAUAGAAUUGUAUUGAAUAAUUAUCAAGAUGAGAUUGAAGACAUUUUUAAAAGUUUAUGGGAUAAUUACUUGAAUUCUAAAACAUGUGGUUUUAUAAAAUCAGGUGGAACUUCUAUUAUGGCUCUUCAAAUUUCAACAGAGAUUUGUGAACUUGUAAAUACUCAAUUUCCAAAUUUAAUUGGAAUGCUACUGAAAGAUUCUACAUUUGAAGAAUGUCUGACUUAUCUUAAAAAUAUUUUAUCAUUUAAUUUAAUACCUAGUGAAGUCAAUGUUCCUAUUAAUUAUACAUCUACACAAACAUAUGCAAUUAUGGAUAAAUCAAUUUCAAAUAAUUCAAAUAAAAUAGAUAAAGAAAAUAUAUGUUUGUGGCAAAAAUGUAAUGGAAGAACAUAUAGACAUUUAUCUUUUAAUGAUCAAAUAUUAAAGUCGUAUAAAAAAGUAUCCAACAUUCGUGUUAAAAGUACAUUUAAUUUAAUCAGUUGUGUAGAUUCAUCACCAACUGUAUUUCAGUAUAACAAGAAAACAUUUGUUACUGUAGGUUCACAUUUGGGUGUAAUUUGUACUGUUGAACUUGAAGCAGAAAAUGAUAGGGAUGCCUAUAAAAUUCAAUUUCCAAAUACAAUCGAAGCUUCAAUCGUAGUUUUAGAUAAUUUUAAAGGUAUCGUUGGUUGUUACGAUUAUCAUAUUUAUUGUUUCUGCUUAAAGACAGGGGAAAUUAUUUGGAAAUAUAAAACAGGAGAUAUAAUUAAAUGUACAGCUUUAUUAUCUGAAUCGCAUAAUGUAUUAUAUAUUGGAUCUCACGAUCGAAACAUAUACUGCCUUUCCACCGAAAAUGGAACGAAAAUAUGGAACACGAAAGUCAGCGAAUCGAGUAUUACAGCAAGCGGAAGUUUACAUUCACCAACGAAUUCAGUAUUAUUUGGAACUUUAGGUGGUACUUGCAUAGCAUUAAAUCAAUCAAGUGGAAAUGUUUAUUGGAGACAUGAAAUACUUAGUCCUAUUUUUGUAUCACCUGUUAUACUUCAUAACGGAUUUGUACUUUUUAGCGGAGUAACAGGUGUAUUAGUCUGUUUUGAUAUUCAAGCUGAUACGAAGUUAUGGACAUACCAAGUAAAUAACGUUAUACUUUCAAAACCCAUAAUACAAUAUGAUCCGAUAAAAAAUUGUGAUAAUAUUUUCGGAUUUUCGACCAAGAGUAUGUAUUAUUUGGAAUUAAAUUAUACAAUAGAAAAGCAAGAACCAAUUGUAAAGUAUGUUAAAAAUCCAUCAUUGGAAAUUUAUACCACGCCUUGGAACGAAGAUGGUCAUGCGUGUAUAGCUUGUAAAGAUGGUACAUUAUGUAUCUAUGAACUUUCCCAAGGAAAUAUAUUAUCGAGUAUUAAACUUGAUGGAGAAAUAUUUUCAUCGCCGGUUAUGGCAAAUGGAUUGAUCAUAGUUGGAUGUAGAGAUAAUAAUCUUUACAUUUUAGAGCAAUGCGAAGAAGAUAUCAAAGAUUUUUCAAACUAGUAAAAGGAAGAGUAAUAAAGACAAACUCAAAUUAAUGUAAUAAAAUAUAAACGGAUAUUAAAUCAAUAUAUUUAUUCCAUAGGACUUUUGUAUUACAGUUUACAUUGCCAAUACCAUUCUGAAGAAGAAAAAAAAAGGGAUUUAUUUAUUAUUUAUCAAUGUGUAUGCACAAUACAUCAAAUUUGUUGUACAUAGUACGAAAUUGCGAGUGUUCUUGGUGAUUUUAAGCAAAAAGUGCAAGCAAAAUGGAAAUAUAGAAAAAAA